AUGUUCCUGGAAAGGGUAAAUCAGAAAACUGGAGAACGAGAAUGGGUAGUUGCCCAAGAAGACUAUGACAUGGCACAAGAGCUGGCAAGAAGCCGAUUCGGUGAUAUGAUUCUAGACUUUGAUAGAAAUGAUAAGUUUCUUGAAGGACUGAAAACAACAAUUCCUGAGAAGAAAAAAGAGAAUGGUGAUGGACUGGUGCAUGUUCUUGACAUUGCCAACAUAACUUUUCCAGGUACUGGAACAGGCCUUUUGUCUCUUAUGGCUGCUCGUGAAGGUGCGGACAAAGUGACGGCUUUAGAAGUAUUCAAACCAAUGGGAGAUUGUGCCAGGCAUAUCACUGGGUGUAGUCCUUGGGCAGAGAAAAUUACAGUAAUCUCUGAAAGAUCGACGGACGUAUCACAAAUCGGAGGAACAGCCGCGGAUAUCAUUGUUGCAGAAGUAUUCGACACAGAGCUCAUUGGAGAAGGAGCAUUACGAACAUUCAAAGAAGCUCUCCAAAGAUUGGCAAAACCAGGAUGCCGAGUGGUUCCUUCCAGUGGAAAUGUAUAUAUUGUUCCGGUUGAAAGUCAUCUUUUAAAAAUGUUUAACACAAUUCCUCGAAUAAAUGGCGGAGAAGAUGAACAUCCGCUUGGUACUUGCUCAGGAACUGCUUCGGUUUUCGACGUUCAAUUAUCAGAACUUGAGACUCACGAGUUUCGAGAGCUCGCGGAGCCAAUCGUUGCUUUCAAGUUUGACUUUGAAAACGAAGAGAAAAUUAUUUAUAACGAAUCGUUUGUUCGAGAAGCGAUUGCUCACACAUCAGGUACAAUUGAUGCAAUCAUGAUGUGGUGGGAUAUUGAUAUGGAUGGAAAAGGAGAAACUUUUAUCGAUAUGGCACCGAGGUGGAAGAAUCCAAAACAUUAUGCAUGGCGAGAUCAUUGGAUGCAAGCAGUAUAUUAUCUUCCAGACAAAAAGUGUGUUGAGAAGGCACAAAAGUUUGAAAUCAUUUGUAAUCACGACGAGUUCAGUAUUUGGUUCAGUGACGUCGGAAAAGACUCCACUAGAAGCUAUUGCGUCUGUGGUUUGCACUCGAUGCUAAGCCGACAAACUGUUUAUCACAUCAACGAAAUGUUUGAGGAUCAGAGCUUCCGUGCAGAAGUUGAUAGAUUGUCCUCUGGGCUCAAUGUGGUGACUGUUGGUGAAGGAUCAUUCGUUGGUCUUUUGGCAGCGAAGACUGCUAAAACGGUCACAAUUAUUGAACCGAACGAAAGAUUCCGAGACAUCUUCCAUAAAUACGUUCUUUAUUAUAAUAUGAAGAAUGUCCACAUAGUUGAAAAGGUGACGCAUCUGAUUGAAAAGCCAGACAUCGUUAUUGCUGAACCAUUCUAUAUGUCAGCUAUGAAUCCGUGGAAUCAUCUCAGGUUUUUAUACGAUGUCGAAAUUCUCAAAAUGCUUCAUGGAGAUGAUUUGAAAGUUGAACCACAUCUUGGAACACUAAAAGCUAUUCCAGAAUGUUUCGAAGAUCUUCAUAAAAUUGCAGCUGACGUGAAUACAGUCAAUGGCUUUGAUCUUUCAUAUUUCGACAGAAUAUCAACGAAAGCCAGAGCUGCCACAGAUGCAAUUGUAGACGAACAGUCGUUAUGGGAAUAUGCUGGCACUGUGAAAGGGGAACCCGUUGAAUUGCUGACUUUUCCAGUCGACGGGCGAAUCCUCAGUCGAAAAUGUGUAGGGAAAAUGGACAACAUGCAGUCUUCUAACGGAAUUCCGAUAUGGAUGGAAUGGCAAUUCGGAGAUCUGACUCUAUCUACAGGACUCUUGUCAACUUCCGAAUCCCGAAAACCUUGCUGGAACAAGGGUUACAAGCAAGGAGUUUAUUUUCCAAUCACCAAUCUACAGAACGAAAGUUCUAUCAACUUGAAUGCAUUAUUUGAUAAGUCAUCAGGAGAUAUCACUUUUCAGUUCAAAAAAUUUGAUGUUCAAAGUGGAAACUGA